UCAUUUUUCGAUGGUAACGCCUCGCCGCUCUGAAAAUGAUUGAAUGAGUGACUGUGACAGAGUCGAGUGCCACAUCGGGCCGUUUCUUCACUCUGGACUCGAAAGAUCUAUAUCCAAACUUCAUCCAUAAAUCUGGCGAAUAAUCCGAUCUAGAGGCCGUAAGUUCUUUCAGAUCAUGGCUGUAAUUUCGAGCUGACGUUAAGGAAAUGAAUCUUUCCCUGUCCUCGGCGACUUCUUCCACCUUGUCUUCUUUGUCUUCAUCAUCGUCAUCAUCCUCAUCUUCUACGUCGUGGUUCUCCGGAAUUGUUCGAGGCCGUUCUGACGGAUCACGCAGUGUCAAGAUGGUGAAUAACUCCACUGCUAGCACCAGUGAUGUCGCCGGUCCCGUUGUCCGAAAGAAUCAGUUCCGAGGGGUCUUAUUCAAGUACGGUCCAAAUCCUAUUCAGGUUGCAUUUAAGACUGGUGACUACAAACAACAAGUUAUUUUCAUUGGUGGAUUGACUGAUGGUUUUCUUGCCACAGCAUAUUUGGAACCUCUAGCAAUUGCUCUAGACCGUGAGAAAUGGUCUCUAGUUCAAUUUCUCAUGUCAUCUUCAUGUAGUGGAUAUGGCACCUCCAGCUUGCAACAAGAUGCCAAGGAGCUGGAUCAGCUGAUAAAUUAUUUAAUUAACAAAGAAGAUUCUGAAGGUGUGAUACUGCUUGGACAUAGUACUGGCUGUCAGGAUAUUGUGCAUUAUAUGCGCACAAAUGCUGCAUGCUCCCGUGCAGUUCGUGCUGCCAUCCUACAGGCUCCAGUUAGUGAUCGGGAAUAUCAGGCUACGCUGCCCAAGACAGCUUCUAUGAUUGACUUAGCUGCUAGUAUGAUAAGAGAAGGGCGAGCUUCUGAUUUAAUGCCAAGAGAAGCAGAUUCUUCUGCGCCAAUAACUGCCUAUAGGUAUCACUCCCUUUGUUCAUAUAAUGGUGAUGACGAUAUGUUCAGUUCCGACUUUAGUGAGGAUCAGUUGAAAAUGAAACUUGGGCACAUGUCUUGCACGCACUGCCAGGUUAUAUUUUCGAUGGCUGAUGAAUAUGUGCCAGAUUAUGUCGAUAAGAGAGCACUGGUUGAGCGAUUAUGCAGAGCGUUGGGAGGGGCCGAAAAAGUAGAGAUAGAACAUGGGAAUCAUUCCCUCUCUAACAGAGUGGCAGAAGCUGUCCAUGCUAUCAUUGACUUCAUCAAAAGAGGCGGACCUAAAGGCUGGGAUGAUCCCUGGAAUUAAUCUCUGUUUUUUUAUUACUCUUAAUUUUAUUCACCUGCCCUUCUUUAUCGCUCUCGUUUUCUUUCCUCUAUUCAACCAUCAUUUCAUCUUUCAUUUUUUUUCUCUCUCGGGAUUUUUCUUUUUCUUCUACUUUUUGAGUUGCUGUGGCGCUUGUUAUUUUUCAGCCUUUUAUAUUUUUUUCAAGUUAAUACAUGUUGAUAUAUUUUCACAGUCUUUAUGUAAGAACUACGUGGUGCGGAAUUUAAACUCAAUGUCACAUUUCUUGUUACUCAAA